GGUUUCAAUUGCCAAAACUUGUGCACUUAAUUGUUCAUCCUUAAACUCAUGGGUACUAUUCCCUCUCCUCUUCUCUACUUCUUCAUGUUUCUUUCAUGAUCUAAGUUUUUCACUAGCAAGUUUCAUCACUCUUUGGCACAAAAUAAAACAUACUCUCUUUGAAGAUCUUGAUCUUUAGCAUGGAGCUCAAGUGUACCUUCAAUGUCAUCUUCUUCCUCGUCCUCCUCCUCCUUGUCGCGCCAUCUGUUUCAUCUUCUUCAGGGAAAAUGGAGUUAUCAAAUGUGGAGUCGGGGAUUUAUGAUAUUGAUUAUAGAGGUCCAGAAACUCAUACCAACAUACCUCCACCACGAGGGGGAAGGCAUAACAGUCAUCAUCAAACUGGCAUCUUGUUUCAUCACAAAUCUAAAGGUUUAAGAACUACUAGGCCUGGGAAAACGGGGAAGAAAAAUCAUGGAUGAGGGUGUAAAAGUUUGAUCGGUGUGUUUUUGAGAUUUGGAUGAGCAAAGAAAGUGUGUCUAGUUUUGAUGAAGCAAUAUAUAAGAUAUAUUUGAACUUCUUUUUUUUUACUUUCAUAUGAUAUAUAGAGAAUGGUUCGUAGGGUUUGAAGAGUAAUGUAAUUAAUUAUCAAAUGCAUUAGAUUGGUAUUACUUCCAUAUUUUAUGAUAUAUAUAUAUACUAAAGUUUGUGUAAAUGAGGAUUUUAGGA